AAACUUGGUGGAUGCUCACUGUGCAGAAUGGAGGCUGUGGCUCUCUUCUCUUUCACAGCAUCAGAGGCAGAUGAGAUCAGCUUCCAGAAAGGAGACAUCAUCAAGGUGGUAGAAAUGGAGAAAGACUCUUUCUGGUUCACAGCUGAGAUUGAAGGGAAACGUGGAUUCAUACCUGAGAACUACAUCUCUCUACAGCCUCAUCUCUGGUUUGCAGGAGCGAUAUCAAGACUGGAGGCUGAACAACGACUGUGCUGGCAGGACCCUGGAGUGUUUCUAGUGAGGGAGAGUGAAUCAGCUCCAGGAGAGUUCUCUCUCUCUGUUAGCUAUGGAGACAGGGUGGAGCACUUCAGAGUCCUGGAGGGUGGUGGUCAGUACUACAUUUGGGAUAAGGCAUUCUGCUCCCUCAACCGCCUCGUGGAGUUCUACAGAGCACACAGCAUCGCUGUGGAGAAAGUGGUCCACCUCAGGGAUUACCCCUCCCUUCACCUGAACUCACAUCUUGGACGCAACCCCUACCCCAACCCAUAUAACAGCAACUCGCUGGAGUCCAUUCACUCAGCCCACUGCUGCCCUAACCCAUCUCCCAGAGACUGGCAGACCUCCACACAUUCACUCAAACCAGUUUUAGAGCAGAAGCCUCGGGUGGCCCGUGCUCUCUGCAACUACAGCCCCUCCCAGACCACUCAACUCCACUUCCAGCGCGAUGAAAUCAUUGACCUGCUGGAUUGUUCCAGCUCCCUCAGCUGGAGGGGACGCUGCCGUGGCAGAGUGGGCAUCUUCCCUCCAGAGUUUGUCCAACCAGUGCUCCAUUAACUUCAUAUCAGCUAUUCAAUGUGUAUGAUGUUUAUGUCUCUGAUACUUCUCAAUCAAGAUUGGUGGUUCUUGCAUGAAUGAUAAAUUGGGCAGCCCCCCUUUCUGCCAUCCCCAGACCAGUGAAAAUGCAUUUCUAGGGACAAGAUCACAUACAUUACAGUACCACACAAGAGAUGUAAGAUAGUCUUCCUUUGCCCAGUAGCAAGUACGUAAAUAAAAAUAGAAACUUUGUCCACAGUGCUUGGACAGAUUUCUUUUAAUCUGGUGUUUGUUGUCCCUCUUUCCACCCUAUGGCCCAGAGCAAAGAGCGCCACUGGUCAGGAUAUACCCCACACCUCUUCAUUCAAUUUUAUUUUCAUGACUAUUCACACUGAAGUUUCUGUUAUGGUGUUGGUAGGGAUCGUUCAAUGCAAUCAUUUGGGUCAUGAGUCAGCAUAUCCCCUCUCUGUUCUGACAUCCAGGUUCCUCCUUUUUGCCGUAGCAUUUAUGUUGUACCUCAUCAAUCUCAAGUUGUGAUAGCACUUGUCGUUUGCGGAUGUUGGAACUCUGAGCUACCAGUUGUUUAGCACUUAGUGUUGACUGGGGAUGUCGAAGUAACCAUUCCUUCCCCAGUCUUUGCAUGUAAAGUUUUCCGUCUUGUUCCAUCAAGGUGCUCUGGUUCCCCAGCACCUGACACAGACCUUGUUUGGCUGGGUAACGUCUGAGCCAGCAUGUUACGCACCCCAGGAAGACAGUAGCUUGAAGGGUCCAGACUGGAUUUCUCGGGUGAAAGACUGAUGACUUAUGUAUUGAGCCAUCCAGUUAUUCCUGUCUGAAAACAUUAGCCGAAGUUGGAGUAUGUGGGAGAUCGUUUGCAAUUCCUAUUUGCCCAAAGUCUUCCAUGUGUGCAUCUUUGAAGCUUUUGACUUAAGUAAAUACAAAGUUCUCCAAAACUCAAAAUUUUGGAACUGAACUAGAACAGAAUGUGGACUUCUCCAAGUUGUGCUUUUGUUUUAUUUUAUCACAGCAUUUCUUUUGACUAGUAAUAGUAACUUUUUGAAGUAGCCCCUCCCUAACCCCCAGAUUCUCAACAAGAAUCUGUGGAGGGAGCUAAAGAUUAGGGUCAUGGCAUGAAAGACUUCUAAACUCAAAGACUUGGAGAUCAUUCUCAAAGCUGAAGCAUCAAGACAACAGUGGAAACAUAUGAAAAGCUGGUCAGCAAUUACAAGAAGAGGCUGAUAGCUGCACUGCACCAACAAAGAUUUUCCCACUGAUUAUUGAGAAGGAUAUAAAUAUUUGGACAUGUAAUAAUCAUUUUAUUAUCAUUUGAGCGAUACCUAUCUAAUUUCCUGCCAGAAAGAAAUUUCUUUGUUGAAUGAAAAUAUAAUAUUGGGUUUAACUUUACUUUGAUCACAACUUUUAUUGCUCGGAGGUAUUAGCCUAGUCACUGAGCACAACAAUUAAUAAGCCUUACAAAUUUCCCAGGCUGCAAAUAAAAUCUGAUUAAAGUGAAUUUGAUGCAAUUCUUGAUCCAGGUUACAACUUAAAAAGUAAAUACAAUGUAGAAUCACCUAUUCUUGGUCAUGUGUUUUGAUUAUGUUCAUCUGCUUAUUCUGCCGUGCAUUUAACUUUUGAGAAGUGUUUGUUUGAUGUACAGAAUUGUACGUUGUUGAAUGUUUGUGCUAAUUAGCUCUACAGUUAACUGGCUUCAUUUACAAGACACAUAACUUUCAUCAAUGUUCUUGAAGCACAUCUAAACAUAACCCUAGGACAACCAUUCAUACUGUGUUGAGGUGCAGUGAGUGGUGGUGAGGAAGACGCUAAAAGACCCAGGUCGUAUGAGUGAAACAAUAAUUUAAUGGUGAAUAAAUCUAAAUGAAAACACAGUCCAACAGCCAGGCAGCAGAAACAAUUGGACAACACAGAGCAGAUGCAUAUGACAAGAACCCAACGAGGAACAAAG